UCUGUAAAGAACUCCAAAAUAACAACAGCAAAAUGGCCUUUAAGUUUGUUUUCGCACUCGCUUUCGUCGCCGUCGCCAGCGCUGGUUAUGUGCCCGAGGCCUAUCACGCAGCUGCUCCAGUUGCCACCUAUGGUGCUCCCGUAGCUGUGGCCCACAAGGUGGUGGUCAAGUCCGACGAGACCUAUGAUCCCCAUCCCCAGUACCGUUUCUCCUACGGAGUCGAUGACAAGCUGACCGGUGACUCCAAGAGCCAGGUGGAGGAGCGCGAUGGUGAUGUGGUCCGUGGCGAGUACUCGCUGAUCGAUGCCGAUGGCUACAAGCGCACCGUCCAGUACACCGCCGAUUCCAUCAACGGUUUCAACGCUGUGGUUAACCGUGAACCCCUUAGCGUUGUGAAGACCAUUGCCGCCGCUCCCGUUGCCCACUAUGCCGCCCCAGCUGUUGUCAAGACUGUGGCUCCAGUUGCCCACUAUGCUGCCCCAUCUGUCCACUAUGCUGCCCCAGCUGUCCACUAUGCUGCCCCCGCUGUUGUCAAGACCGUUGCUCCAGUUGCCCACUACGCAGCUCCAGCUCCAGUUGCUCACUAUGCUGCCCCCGCAGUGGUGAAGACUGUCGCCCCGGCUUACUCCACCUAUGCCGCCCCAGCUGCCCACUAUGCUGCUCCAGCUGCUCACUACGCCACUUACUCCGCUCCGUCCGUCUCCUACCAUCACUAAAUUGUUGAUACUUCUUGUUUACACUCGUUUAUUUAAUCGUUGUUCAUAUUGCUGUACAUUUAUUUAUUGACAUCUACGAAUAAAUAAUGCA